UCUCCGCCUUUCCCCUCUCUGCUUUCUUCUUCCUCUGCUUCCACCGUUCCACUAUUUGAGUAUUUACUCUAUCUAUACUCUGCCUCCCGCUCCCGACCUCUCUCUUUCUCUCUCUCUCUCUCUCUCUCGUAGCCUUUCUUCCCUUCUCUCGCUUUAUCACCCACUCACUCAUCCCUUUCUUCCUAUAUAUACACACAUAUUCCACGUCUCUCUCGUCACGUCCACACGCCCUUCUUCCUUCCAAGAUACUGUUAUCGUCCGAUUUUGCUCAAGUAAUCUAAGCGCUAGCUUAGCAACAUGGAAGAGUAUUACUAUGGAGGUGGGCAUGUACCGCCGUUCGGGAGCUGGGACUGGAACAACGAUCUCCCCUUCACUCAGUGCUUCGAGUCGGCCCGGCAGGCCGGCUUCCUUCGCUACAGCUACUCCGAGGAUCGAGAUCUGUACGUCGCCGGCGAUUUGUACCAGAACGACGUCGUCACUCCUACCGUGAUCGUCGUCCCUCGCCGCCCACGCCAGCAGCAAGGGAAAGUGCGUCAGUCCCGCAUCAAACAAGGCAAAACAACGGGAAAGGAGUGCGAGGGCGUGGUUGUUAAAGAACCGCCGAGCCCACCUCCGAAUUCCACCGCUACCACGCGCCGGAAUCCGAAGCCGGUGGACGAAGAUCUGUACAAGAUCUCGCCGGAGCUUCUCUAUGCAUCAUCCAAACCCAAAAAGGUGAAUUAGUUUUCCUUUCUUUCCCCCUUUUCAUUUCUGGCAAGGCAACCCCUUUCGCUUUUCUUUCUAAUUUGUCGCCUGAUCUUUAAUUAUCAGCAAUGUCUCCUUCUUUGACCUUUUUUAGUACACUCCACUCCAUUAAAAGAAAAAGCAGAGCACUAUAUGGUAAUUGCAAAGGUGUGGUCGUUAUCGAUCGAAGUCGAACUAAUUGGUUGGUGGGGAAUGUUUGGUUUUGACAGAAGAAGAGAGGGUUUGGGAUUUUGUCGAGCUGCUUGCUGCCUACCUGCGUCGUUUGAAUGAUCUGAUGGUGCAUUGAGUGUCCAGCUUAGCUAUGAACUGGGCGGUGCUGCUUCGGUACAUAUUAUUAUGAUAAUUAUAAUGAUGAAAGCAGAGGAUAUUAAUUACUGUUAUUAUUAUCGUUAUUAUUAGAUAAUUCUUAUACUAUGGUUUGGAUGAGAGCGCGGACUUUUGCUUAUUAUUAUUGUAUUUAGUCAGCCGGUAGUAGCUAGUGAACUCUAAUUUUUUGGGUUGAACAAAGCUCUUUUGCUAUGUGAACUCUCUCUCACUCUCACCUUUGUAAAGAGAGGGAGAGAGUAUAGAGAUUGGAUGUUUGUGUUUUUAUUUUCAAGAGUGGGGGUUUGUUUGUGCUAUGUUAUGUCAAGCAAGAAAAAAAGGGACAACAUUGCUUUCCUUUCUCUUUUCCCCCCUUACUUUCCCUCGUAAAGAUAAUGCUUUUAGCUAACUAAAUCAUCAAUCAACGUGUAUGUGUAUGUGUAUGGUACGGCUUUUGCUUUCCAUGGUUCAUUUUAUGGCUUGAUUUGGAUAAUAUAGUUUAACAUCAUGUUAACUAUUCUAAUUACAUUUCAUAAUUUUUUGUUCUUUUUCAUAAAGAGAAUUUUUUAUUGAACUUUAACUAAUUAAUUACAAAGAGGGAUAAAGAAACCAACAUUCUGGUUCCAACAAGAGGAAGGGCCAAUGGCAUUUGGUUACAAACAAACCAUAUUAAGCAAAAACAGCAACAUAGAACGAAACACAGCUUGACAACAGCCACCCAAAAGAGCAAUACCCUUGGAACGAAAACAAAUCAUCCAGAAUCUCUCUUGCACCAAACCAAUGAGUGCAACAAGAUCAAAAUCAGCUUGUCCGAUCAUAUCCAAAUCCAUGACCUAGUGAUCACAACAAACCAUUUGCCGCCUCCUGGGGAAAAUUCGAAGGCACCCAUAAAAAAAACAAUGAAUCCUAGAAACAAGAUUGCAUCGUAGUGGAGGAGAAUAUGAAACAGACUGCUCCAAGCUGAAGAGGCAGAGGAAGUCGAGGUAGAGAGAUCGAGUUCGCAACAGAGCAAAAGAUCACAAGGGAGCCACAAACCUCCAUGGAAAACACUGAUUCUCAACCGUAACCACCGGGGAAGACCCUACCCUCCACGAUUCGACGGCUCCCCAAGCAACACAAACACACAGGGGAGGUCAGAAGGGCAAAGACGAGAAUGGCUUCACGACAUAAUGAGACCACUAACUUGGGAAAAUCACCCCCCAUCCUGAUAUGGAAGAUGCUCCCAGACUGCUAACUCCGGAUCCUACAUUUAGCUAGCCCAUAACAGAGAACCCAAGAUCCGAAAGAAGAGCACUAGCUCAACUCGAAAGGGGAAAAGCAGAAGGCCGCAACGACAAUGAAAAAAUCAAACUAAAGUUCGAUGGCAAAUGCCUAGAUCAAAAGCAAUAGAACAAAGCAUGAAAAAAAAAAAAAAGAAAUGUGGUAGAUUAGGCCACCACCACUCACCAAAAGAGAGCCGGCGGCAACCCCCUGAAAUAAGAAGAGGACUGGAGGAAGAGAGAAGCCAGUGCAAAAUUCAAAUAAAAGUUCUAGUCUGUCUCAGUUGAAGUAAGAAAUUCACUCACAAGGU